AUGAUCAUGAAGACAAAUGGUGAAACAGAGAAGAAAGGAAGAUUUUCCAUUAUUGGAAUUGCUUCAGGAAAAGUUCCACAAUCACUUAAGAAAUCAUCAAUUUACUUCAAGCGAGAUCAAUACGAUCAAAAUGAAAUGAAGGAAGUAUGCAAAAAUGUUGAUGACAUUGUUAAAAACUUUGAAUUAAAUAACACAAGAAAUUGUGAAUUGUAUUCCAAAUUAGAUAAAUAUUUAGACACGAAACAAUUCAAUUAUUUAUUAAGAGAAAUCACUUCAGUUGAACGAAAGAUCAGCCAAAGAGUCAAUCAUCCAUGGGAGAAAAUUGAAAUUACUAUCGAGCCUUCUGGAACUGCUUCGAUUUUGAAAAUUGAUAAAAAGAAAAUCAUAGCUGGGAAAGAUUUAUCACUUUGCUUGAUUUCAAGCCAUCCUUGA